AUGAUACACAUUGGUCGGUUAGCUUUCUUAUCAACUAGGAAAGUAAUAUUUUGCUUGGCCAUUUCCACAAUAUUUAUGAUAGUAUCAUUAUUACAUUUACAAGGUAAUUAUGUUAUAGAUAGUGGGUUUUCAUUUAAAGAUUUAACUAAUUUUAAUAAUACUCUUUCCAAUACAGUUGAAAAAAUUAAGAUAUAUGGAGAUGAUAGUGCUAAAGGUAACGAUAUACUGUUGUCAUUAGUUAGAAACUCUGAACUAGUCGGAAUGUUAGAAACUGUUAAGCAAUUUGAAAAAAGAUUCAAUUCCAAGUAUCAUUAUGAUUGGUAUUUCAUGAAUGAUGAAGAUUUUGAUGAUGUAUUUAUUGAAGUAAUCUCGGAAGCAGUCUCUGGUAACGCUAAGUUUAUAAAAAUACCAAAUGAAUUUUGGUCAUACCCUGAAGGUAUUGAUCAAGAUCGUGCCAGUACUGUUAGAGAAAAAUCCCAGCAAGAACAUAUCAAUUAUGGAGGAAGUGAAUCGUAUAGAUUCAUGUGUAGAUUUAACUCAGGGUUCUUUUAUAAGUUAGAAGAAUUGAAAGAUAUAGAUUAUUACUGGAGAAUUGAGCCAAAUGUAGACUUUUCCUGUGAUAUCCCGUAUGACGUAUUCCAAUAUAUGAGAAAUCAUAAUAAAAAGUAUGCAUUUAAUAUGGCGUUAACCGAAGAUGAAAGAACGAUUCCUACUUUAUGGAAUGCUACAACUGAUUUCUUUGUGGAGAAUCCCAAAUAUAUUGCCAAAAAUAAUAAUUUGAAAUUUAUUUCUGAUGAUAAUGGGAAGACCUAUAAUUUAUGCCAUUUUUGGUCCAAUUUUGAAAUAGCAAGUCUGGAUUUUUAUAGAGGUGAAAAGUAUAAUGCAUAUUUUGAUUAUUUAGAAUCUAAAGGUGGUUUUUUUUACGAACGCUGGGGUGAUGCCCCUGUACAUACCCUUGCAGUUAGUUAUAUGCUUUCCGCUGAUGAAAUAUUCUUCGUUGGAAAUACUGGUUAUUUCCACCAUCCUAAUAAGGAUUGCCCCAGUGAUGUAGUAAUAAGACAGAAAUUGCACUGCAAUUGCAAUCCUGGCAAAGAUUUUACCUGGCAUAGAUGGAGCUGUGCCAGCAAGUUUUUUGACGUAAAUAAUUUUGUGAAACCCAAUACAAUGACAAAUAUAAAGUAUAAUUAUGAAGAAAUAUACAGAAGCAUGUUGGAUAAUUUUCAACCGCCAUCGAAAAAAUCACAACUAAGUGCUCCGGGCACUUCAAUCACCUCGAACAAUUAA